AUGCAAGGCUACGCUGCGAGUGUAAUAUGUGCCGCGUGGUUGGUGCUUCACAAAAAAGGUGAGACAGACAUUCGCCGAUCGGCGAUGCGACGCCAACCGGCAGCUGCCGAAUCUUUGGGACGUGGUGUGGCGACCAGCAGGCAAGAGGCUUUGGCGACGACGGCAGGGCCAAUUUCACGGCCUUCCGCGCCUGCUGCAGGCGCGUCGACACCAAUAUCGCAGCUGGCAUUGGCGCAUAGGCAAGAAACUCACCGUGAGCCUGCAGAGUUGAGGAGACUCCUAGCGCAUGGCAACUGUCAUUAA